UUCCGUCUAUAUAUAGCUUUUCUCUUCUUGUCUUUUUGAUAUAUUACUUCAAAUUUGUUUUGUGUUGAUCUUUGCUCCAUGUAUAUGGGCAUAUAGAUACGUCUCUGAAUACAACUCUCAGGUCUUUGCUUAUCUUCUUCUUCUUCUACAUAAAGUGAUUAAAGGUCUGGAUCUACCUCCAUGAUCAUACUGCUCAAGUAGAAAAACAAGCAAAAGCAAACACCAAUAUAUAUUGCGUUUCGGAAGUAGAAGUUAAAAAGAGAAAAAGAAAAAGAAGAAGAGAGAAGAGGGAAAAGAAAAGAAGAAGAUGGGUUUCUGGUCAUUGUUAGAGAUGGCAUCCAUGCCAAUUGUGCAAGUUCUUCUUAUAAGCAUACUUGGAGCUUUCAUGGCUACAGAUCGUUGGAAUCUUCUGCCUGUUGCUACCCGCAAAUCCUUGAAUAAGAUAGUGUUUGUGAUAUUUACGCCGGCGCUUAUGUUUGCGAGUCUGGCUAAGACUGUUACGUUUCAAGACAUAAUCUCCUGGUGGUUUAUGCCGGUGAAUAUUGGGUUGACGUUUUUGUUUGGGAGCAUUUUUGGAUGGCUGCUUGUUAAAAUACUCAGACCCAAGCCUUAUUUAGAAGGCCUCGUCAUUGCUACCUGUUCAUCAGGGAACUUGGGAAAUCUUAUCAUUAUCAUCAUCCCUGCAAUCUGCAAUGAGGAUGGAACCCCUUUCACCGAUCACAACAUCUGCAGAUCAGUUGGUCUAUCUUAUGCUUCUUUCUCCAUGGCGCUUGGCGGGUUCUACAUAUGGACAUAUACAUACCAAUUGAUACGAACUUCAUCUCUGAAACUCAAAGCACUUGAAGGUUCUGAAGAGGAAGCCUCUAAAUCACCCAACAAAAGUUUGGAUUCCACCCACCAAACUCAACUGCUCAACGAAUCUAUUGAAGAUGCUGAAAGCCAAGUAGUGUUUACUGGAGGAGAGGAGGAGAAGCAAGGGGGGUCGUUUUGGAAGAAGGUUUUGGGAUUUCUUCAUCAGAUCUUGGAGGAGCUCAUGGCUCCUCCUACGCUUGCUGCAAUAAUAGGAUUCAUCUUUGGUGCGAUCACAUGGCUUAGAAAUCUCAUAGUCGGUGACAAUGCUCCCCUGCGGGUAAUCCAAGACUCGGUUAAACUACUUGGGGAUGGCACAAUUCCUUGUAUUACCCUUAUACUGGGAGGCAACCUAAUUCAAGGUUUGCGGUCUUCAACACUUAGGCCAUUGAUCAUUGUGGGAGUGGUGUGUAUCCGAUACAUCAUUCUUCCUCUCAUUGGCGUUUGGGUGGUUAAAGCUGCUGGAAAUCUUGGUCUCCUCCCCCAAGAUCCUUUGUUCAGCUUUGUUUUGAUGGUUCAGUUUACUCUUCCACCAGCCAUGAAUAUUGGUACGAUGACCCAGUUAUUCGAUGUGGGUCAAGAAGAGUGCUCGGUUCUCUUCCUUUGGACUUACCUGGCUGCUGCUUUCGCUCUCACCGCCUGGUCAACAAUAUACAUGUGGAUCCUCUUCUGAAGCAACUGCCUGCAACUUUACAGAUUGCUGGGAUAUUUAAACAGACAUGCCUUGCUGCCAGUUGGCCUUGUAGAAAAUAGAAAUGGCUUUGCAGCUUUUAUAUUACAUUUAUUCAUAUCCUCAAAAUGCAUUCAUGUUUUUUUUACCUCAUCAAAUAAUAUAGUCCACGCAAAAUUUUUGAUA